AUGAAGUAUUUUUGGUGAGUGAAAACAAGAUGGCAGCAUGGUCCUGGGUGUUUUGGAUGAAAAAAUUAAGCAGUGGACAGAGGUCGUUUUUGAAAUUUGGAAUGCCUAUGGUGCUUUUGGUUGUUCUCGGUUCUGUCGGUUUGUCUGAGUUCACAGAGAUUAAGAUGAAGAAGCGGGAUGAAAAAGUCAGAAAGCUAAAUUAUGAAGAAACCCAAAAGUUUCAUGUGAGGAGAAAAGAAAAACCAUUGACAUUGGAGGAUGCUUACAAAGAGGUUCAAGGUAUGGACAUUGGUGAUUGGGAAAAUAAAAGGGUACCAAGGCCUUGGUCUGAAGAUAAGUAAUAUAGGAAUUCGGGCAAACCAUAGUUGAUAGGUCAUGGCGUUUUUUAACAAGUAAACCCCACAAUCCAAUGUUUACAGCAACACAUGUGUAAACGUGGCUAAAAACAUCUGUGAAUUUACACAAACAUUGGCAAAUUACU